GUCACGUGUGGAUUCCAUCGAACUGACACCGCCAGCGGAUACCACGCUGGUGAUUCAGAUUGAUGCUGCCAUCAACCCGGGGAAUAGCGGUGGCCCGGUCUUUGAUAGCCGCGGCUACAUCACCGGGGUGGCCUUCUGUAAGGAUGUCCGCAAUUGCACGGACAACAUCGGUUAUGUCAUCCCCUCCUCUGUGGUGCGCACCUUUCUAGAUCGCUGUGGCAAGGAACGACACGGCUACACCUUGUCCCCCUGCGUGCCAUACCGAUGGCAUAAGCUGGAGAACCAAUCACUGCGCGCGGCACAUAAAGUGCCACACGAGAUCUCUGGAGUUCUGCUGACCAGCGUCGCGCCGUUCCUGGAAGGCUCCCUAAAAGUCGGUGAUGUUUUGCUGAAGAUCGACGGGCGCAAGAUUUCCGACGACGGGCAGAUUGAGCUGCGAGGCCACGAACUCAUCCAGCACAGGUAUCUCCUGCGCAACAAGGGCAUCGGUGACAAGACCACCUUUGUGGUCUUUCGCGAUGGCCAACAGGUGGAGUGUCCACCGGUGGAAUUGAAGGACCUGCCGCCCAUCUGCCCGCGAUGGCCAGAUGUGGAUUAUCUGCCCGAGUACGUCAUCUUGGGUGCUCUGGCUUUGGUGCCCUUAGCGCAAGGCCACCAUUGGUACAAGGAGUGUCCCGUGGAAUUGAAAGCCACCAUUGAUCGCUGGAACAAGCGAUGGCCCGGCGAUCGAGAUGGCAGGGAGCAGCUCGUCCUUUUGGUGACGGUCUUCGCGCACGAACUCACCUUCGGUUACAACCGUGGCUGGAGGGUAGUGGAGAGCUACAACGGCACAGCAUUAACUUCGCUUCGGCAAGCACGGGAUUUGUGGCACCAGACGUCCGGACACCUGGGACACCUGGAACCAUUGUGUCACCGCGCAAGUGUUUGUAAAAAGAUGGCACCGGGGGACUUUUUGUCCAUGAGCAACAGCAGUGGUUUCAGCGUGGAGAGCAUGUCCCAGAGCAGCCUCGCCAAUGAUGUGGCAGCUGCGAGCGCUUGGUCCUUUGAUUGGCACUUGACCAAGAAUCCCUGGGAAGGAUUGACCUCGUCCUUCUUCAUGAUUUUGGCCACGGAACUUGGAGAUGAAACCUUCAUCAUUGCAGCGGUGAUGUCGAUGAGACAUCCAAAGUUUGUGGUGCUGUCGGGCGCACUGGGCGCCCUGUACUUCAUGACCGUCUUGAGCGCCUUCUUGGGGGUUGUUCUUCCAAAUCUGAUCUCCCAGGAACGAGUGACUCAGUGCGCCACUGUCCUCUACACCUUCUUCGGCUUGCGGUUGAUGUACGUGGGAGCAAGGGGAGAAGAGGACAAGGACGAAGAAUUCGAAGAGGUGGAGAAUACCUUGAAGGACUCGGCCUCAAAAGGACAGAAGUCGUAUGUUCGCCGGAUGUUCUCCCAGUUUUGCACUCCCGUCUUCCUGGAGGCUUUGAUGUUGACCUUCCUGGCUGAAUGGGGCGACCGCUCGCAGAUUGCCACCAUCUCUUUGGCGGCGCAUCAGAACCCGCUGGCCGUGAUUUUGGGCGCCAUCGCGGGGCAUAGCAUUUGCACCGGGCUGGCCGUCUUUGGUGGAGAGUUUUUGGGCAAGAGGAUUCCUCAACGAUAUGUAGCAUUUGGAGGAGGUUGUCUCUUCAUCCUUUUUGCAAUCCUCAACUUCCUCGGGGUGCUACAGUGA